AUGAUGGUAUCAAAGAAAGCAAUAGCUGCCAUGCUGAUAUGCUUGGUGACUACUCUGGCCUGUGUUGAAAGGGCUGAAACUCUGUCUGAUUGUGCCAAACAAUGCAUGCCUGUGUGUUUGAAAGAGAAUGGUGCUACCAUUGCUGUUUGUGGUCCAGCUUGUGAAAAGUACUGCGACCAAAUUUCUGGGAAUGGCUUAUAA